AUGGCUACCAAUGCAAAUGAAUUGGUGUCAGCCGCACCGAAAGCACUCACCUCGAGCGCCGCAAGCCUAUACCCAAAAGCACCAGAGGUAAAUGGUGCGGCUAGAGUAUUUGAUAACUCUGCUUAUAACAAUUACCACAUGCCAACUAUGAUUCGAACUUCGAAUGUUCCAGUUGACUUCGUACGGCAGAACCCCCAAGAUGCAAUGCUUCAAGUAGAGUUGCUCAUGAAUUCUGAUAUCACGGACAUGACUUUAAAUUGGACCAAACAAGAAAAAGCAGAUCAAAGGCGAUUGGUUGUUUUCAAAUUUGAAAAACUAUCUUUGACUAAAUUUGAAAUUGAUUUUAGAUCGAUUAAAAAGAAUGAUUUUAACCCAAAUUUACCUAUCAUAUCCUGUAUUUAUUGGAAGGAACAGGGAUUUCAUAUUGUCACCUCCGUAGAUAUAGUCGUUAUCCUUGAAUACUUGAUACAACAAAGCUUUAGCAUAGAAGAGAAGAACAGAAUAAGAAGAAAUCUUCAAAGUUUGAAGCCAAUGACAGUUUCAAGAAACAAUAAAAAGUUUGACAGAUUUUUUUCAAUGCUAAUGAAAAUGGAAGACCCAAGACCAAGAAAUAUUGAAAAGGAUAUAAAAGUUUUUAAAUGGAAUGAUUUGCUUAAUGCCCUUGAAAAAGUAACAUCUAAGUAUUCACCAAACCUCGAACACAAAGCUAAUUUGAAAUAUAUUAAACAACUGCCAAGUAACCAAGCUAUAAAUAUCGUGAGUCCUGAUCCGAAUAAAGCUCGAGACAGAAAUAUCCGUAAGAGCCACGGUGAGGCAGGAAGCAAAGCCAAUGAAACUGCAGCAGAACCUUUUCCAUUUUUACCAAAUGAACGACUAAAGGUGCUAAAGAGGAAGACCAAUCAUGGUAGCAGCCUCAAUCAAAUUGGUACUAAGCGUAAAAAUGAAUUAUUUCAGCAUGCAUUGAAGCCUACAGACCCUGUUCCAUUAAAAAAUGCUUUCGAAGAUAAAUUCAAAUCCAAAGACAUUGAUCCGUUAAAAAAUGUAGACUUCAAGAGGAAGGAACAGGUAGAAAGUACUGGUGAAAUAGCCGGUAAUGAUAACCAAAUUCGCUCCUUGCUACACGAAGAUCGACUCGAAUCGUACACCGCAUCUCCAAAAUCAGGCUCAAGGAAGAGUGUUAGGCUAAGUAUACCAUCAACUGCGGAAUAUCAUAUCGUAAGCUCACCAGGUUCUAGUAGCGAUGAAUUAGGAUCAGAUUCAGGCAAUUCUGGUCCUCUGACUAAACCUGCAAGUAUUUCCAGUAGAUCUGGGCAUUUGUAUGACGCCUUAUACAACAACAAAAGCAGUUAUAGUGAGAAUAUAACAAUGACAUCAUCGACAAGUACUGAUUUUAAAGCUAGUGCAAUAACUCCUCCCUAUAGAGCACUAAGCACGCACGACCAUCAGUACCCUAUGAAAACGUCAUUAUAUUCUGGUGAGGAGAGAGGGGGACAACAGUUCAGUUACGGUUCACAACCAUUACAUACAAAUAUCAUACAACUGCAUGAAAGUUCACCGUAUCAGUUAAAGAAUACCGUACCAGUUGCUUACCCUGCCAAUGAUAAUCCAAUGAAUGUUGCCGACAAAUCUGUACCUACAGCUGAUUUAAACCUUGAGAGGAAAUCUUUCGAUAAUAACGAAAAGCCUAAAUUGCCGACCUUGUCAACUUUAUUGCCUUCACUCAACUUAACUUCCUCUGCUCCACCAAUGACUAGUGCUCCGAAAAGCUAUGUUCCAUCACCUCUUCCAGUUUAUGAUUCUGCAGGGCUGUACCACCUACCACCAGCACAAACUCCCAAUAACCCCAGCUGCAAAAAGUUUAUAUAA